UGAGCUUAUUUAAAAUAUUUCUGCGAUUUAUUUGAGUUUCCUUUUGAGAAUUUUAAAUAGGUUUAAGAUUAAAGAUUUUUAAAUUUGUAACAUUUAUAAAUAUUUUUUUAUUUAUUAUAUAAAUUUUGUUGUGGUUUUUGUUCUAUUCUAUUGAAGAGCUAUUCUAACAUUAGCUAGCCUUCUCGGAGUUCAUACGUCUUUCGAUUCGAAUAAAAAUGUAUUUCCUUGGACUUUCUUUGUUCGCGCUCCUUCCGGCCUUGGUCCUGUCCCAUCUCUGCGAUGUGAAAUCAGACAAUGCCUUCCUCAAAAAACGGUCAUUUCUGCACGAGGGAGAGCGAAAAUUUGCUGUUUCAUUGCUUAAAGAAGUCUACGAUUCAACGCCGAACCAAAAUGUAUUCAUCUCACCCUAUAGCGUCUACAAUGCACUGCUUCUGGCCUACUACGGAUCGGCUGGAACAACGCAGAACGAACUGGUCUCUACUCUAUCGCUAGACUGGGCAGACUCCAAGGAGAUGGUGCGCUCCGUCUAUAUGCUUCAAAAGUGGGUCGAUAAAAAGAUGACAUUAAAGGGAGCCCUGGAGUUCUCAUCAGUGGACCGCGUAUUUUUGUCUCAAAAUCUGGAAACGCACAAGUGCUUUGAGGAUCGACUGGGUAAUGAUAUAAUAAAAAAGGAUUUUGAGCAAAAUGCAGGACAGGCUCUAAAGGAUAUUAACGAUUGGAUUGCCAACGUAACUCGUAAUCACAUCCGCGACGUGCUGACCAGCCAGGAAAUUAACUCACGCACCCAAGUUGUUCUCGCCAAUGCUGCCUUCUUCAAAGGCCAGUGGGUCAGCCAGUUUAAAACGGAGAAUACCAUUUCGAAACCCUUCUUCACUGCCUCUAACUCCUCCUCAAUGGUUCCUAUGAUGCAGCAAAAGGGCACAUUUAAGAUAGGAGCCGAUAGCGCACUAGAUGCCCACAUCCUCCAACUACCCUUCAGAACGUCCCAAACUUCGGAAACCGAGUCCGACGUCUCCAUGGUUAUUGUGCUGCCGUCUUUCAAGGAAAACGCCAUUCCCGAAUUGUUGUCAAAAUUGAACUCUAACAGCCUGGAAUCGGCGCUCAAGAGGUCCAUUGGCCAGGAGGUCGAGAUUUCCAUUCCCAAAUUCGAAUUCAAAAGGCAGACCUCACUUAAACCUAUGCUUUCCAAGAUGGGGAUAAAUUCGAUAUUUGACCAACGUGCAAACUUUUCUGAGCUGACUCCAGACCAUAUAUUUUUCGAUAAUGCCCUGCACGUGGCCAAGAUUAAGGUAGACGAGGAGGGUAGCACCGCCGCGGCAGUCACCGUCUUGGUUUCCUUCAGAUCGGCCAGGAACGACCCAUUUAAAUUCGAGUGCAAUCAUCCAUUCGCAUUCUUCAUCUACAAUACAAAGUCAAAGACGAUCCUCUUCUCCGGAGUGUAUGCCGAGCCUAUUCCGGCGGAGCAGUACUCCCACAAUCACUCCACGACUAUUAAAGCGUUGACUAUUUCUGCAAUACGAAUCAGCAUAUCGUUCUUAAUAUUCUUCAGAUUUCCAAGUCACAAAAUGCAUACUUUGAGCGUAUCCCUACUGGUGCUUCUUCCGGCCAUCGCCCUGGCUGGUCUCUGCGAUGUGGAACCGAAUCCCAGCUUCCUGGAGAAGCGUGUUCAACUAUACCAGGGACAACAAAACUUUGCAGUGUCAAUGCUGGAUGUGAUCCGUAAGAGCACGCCGAACGAGAACGUCUUCUUCUCACCAUACAGCACGUACCAUGCCCUGCUCCUGGCUUACUUCGGUUCUUCCGGGGAAACAGAGAAGCAACUGGCCAAGGUGCUCCAUCUGGACUGGGCCGAGUCCAAGGAAGUAGUGCGCAGUGCCUACAUUCUGGAGAAGAAGAACCGCGAGACCCGAUCCCUCAAGAUGCCACUGGAAUUCGCAUCUGCGGACCGCAUCUUCUUUGCCCAGGACCUGCCGCUGACCCACUGCAUCGAAACGCGCCUGGCCAAGGAGAUCGUGAAGAUGGACUUCCAGAACAAGCCUGAGGAGUCGCGCAAGGAGAUCAACGACUGGAUCGCCAAUGUGACCCACAACCAAAUCCGCGACAUGCUCAGCGCCGAUGAAAUUACUCCUCUCACCAGGUUAACCCUCGCCAAUGCUGCCUACUUGAAGGGUCAAUGGGUUAGCCAGUUCAAGGUGGAGAAGACCGCUCCGAUGCCCUUCUACACAUCCGCCUCGAACUUCUCCCUGGUGCCGAUGAUGCAGCAGAAGGGAACCUUCCUUCUGAACACGGACGAGCAGUUGCGGGCCCAUGUGCUCCAGCUUCCCUACCGCACAGUCUUCGAGUCGCAGGAGAAUCCGGACAGCGAUCCCGAUGAGAAAUCCGACAUCUCCAUGGUGAUUAUCCUGCCGCCAUUCAACAGCAACUCUCUAGAGGAUGUGCUCUCCCGCCUGAAUGCCGACACUCUUGAGCAAUCCUUGAAUCAGGCCAUGCCCCGCGAGAUCGAAGUGUCGCUGCCCAAGUUUGAGUUCGAACAGCGCCUGGAACUGGUGCCAAUCCUCGCCAAAAUGGGAGCAACUAAGAUCUUCGACCCCUCCGUGGCCACCUUCGACGACUUGACCUCGGAAAAGGUCACCAUUGGUGACGCCAAGCAUGUGGCCAAGAUCAAGGUGGAUGAGGAGGGCAGCACCGCCUCGGCGGCCACUGUUCUGUUCACCUACCGAUCGGCCCGGCCCGUGGAGCCGGCCAAGUUCGAGGCCAACCACCCGUUCCUGUUCGUCAUCUAUGAUCGCCAGUCCAAGUCGAUCCUCUUCACGGGCAUCUAUCGUGAUCCCAAGACCGCGAAGUAAACUAUAACCAGGGCAGUCCUGCUCUUGAAUUAACUUAACCAAAUUUUUCUUGACUGUAAGCGACAAUGUAAACUCCUUAAUAUACUUUUACGAAAAUAAAUUAUGUCCUUAAUAAACUAAAGAAAA